UGACGUCAAAGAAGUUAAAACGUAUAAACUGUAUGUUGUCUUUGAUGUUAUUCUACCGGGAAUGUGUCACAUAGAAUCAAGCACACACCCAGACGAGCGACUAUAUGCCGAUUAAUUCCUCAGGAAGUGGAGGUGACCGGAGAACAAUAUAUUGUUAACUAAAAUUUAUCUACGAAAAAUAAUCAGUGAAAAUUGUAUGAUGGUCAAAAUACAGUGAAAAAAAUACAAGAAAAGAAGGAGAAAGAAAUAGACAAAUUAAUUUUCAGCUGUGAAUUGAUGGAAAAAGCAACCGGUUCGCCCAUCUUCUCCAGAAGGCAGUGUUUUUAGGUUAGGUGUCGACAUAACUAACUAGAUGUCCCAAGCCAUCCCAUUCAUGACCAAACUGUUCUGGUUCCAGUGACAAAGACAUUUACUGGACGUAGGGAAUGCAACCAUCUCGGCACAUAGCCACGUGAGCCAAAAUAUUUGAAUAUUGAAAUGAACCCACACAACAGCUUGUUAUUAUCUUCCCACCCAAGGGAAGACACUUUAUUUGCGUGAAGUAUUGACGAAAAUACCCGAACGACCAAACCAGCAGAAUCUAACUGUACCUCGUCUCACCCACUAAGCCAGGUUGGUUUAGCUGAAACAAUGACAUCUUACUCUGGGACUGACAGAAAUAAUCACAGACAAAAAACUACACAAAGCACCAAAUCUUCUCCCCAGCGCGGUAAAGUCGGCUUGAUUGAAACGCUUUUAUCUGAGUCAAGUGCAUGAAAGCCUAACCUAAUAAACAAAUCGAGAGAGACCAGCACGUCUGUUCAACGAAGUCAGUUCCCUUCAACAAACAUAGAUGUGGCAGAAGCUCAGUCAGGCAACGAGAUGACCAUGCAGGUAAAGGCUGGGACUGAAAACAGCACAGCGGGCCCAGGAUCGAUUCAGCCCGGUGCCAGCGAGAAACACGUGUGCUGGUUGAGUCCAGACACAAAUGACGGAACGAACGAAUCUGUCUCCUUCAAUUCGCUGCUGUGUGAGGUGGGUUCUGACGACAGAAUGGUAUCUGACACUUUGUCCGAGGCCAGUCUCGACACAAACAACGAAAGGAAAGAACAGGCAAUGCCCAUGCCGUCGUCGUCGUCGUCGUCGUCCCACAGUCAGAUUGCGUACAGGGAGCGGUAUUUCGGCAAGACGCCCAAGAAGGUGAGCCUAAGACCCAGGGAGUUCCCUCUCCGACUGAACAGAUCCGGUCGUCUUGGAAGUGGCAAAGAUUGUGCAGUGAAACAAGACAACGUCGCCAUUUCUUCUUCUUCGUCGUUGUCAUUAGUAUCAUCUCAGUCGGGUCAAUCGUGUUUCACUAAGAGGUAUUUGAUUCGGUUAGGUAUGGAGAGAAAGACGCGAAUGAACAGGCAAAACGAGACGAGCGCACCAUUAUCAGUACGCAGCCUAGACGGUUCUGCUGAAAAAGAAAUAUCUCGAUCUGGGCUCAGUAAUAAAUCAGACGACAGGAAAUAUAGACCGACGUUGCCUACGUUAAUCGAUGUUGGUUCUGCUAAAGUACGUACAUCAAAGAAAUACAUUGGCAGAAAGACCCCAGCAAAGAAACACCGUGAAAACACGCCGUCGUCUCCACUAUGUCGAGGCGAUUCUACUGAAAUACUUGUAGAAGAAGACAAUGACCGACGAAGUGAACAAAGUGUAGAAAACAAUGACAGAAAAAUUGAACAGACCGAAACUAAAGCACGUUCUCCUUAUCUAAACCGAGUUGGUUUCAUUCCAAGACCUAAAUGUUUGUUUUCAAGUGUAGACAGUAAUAACGGGAAAAAAGAAAUGACCAAAGUCACCCCACUAUGUCCGAGAUUAAAACAAGUCCGUCCCUCCGACGGACCUAAGUCAAAGCUAAAGGCAGAAAAGAGUGACAUAAAAGGUGAAAAAACUAAGUCAUUGUCACCUUUAGUAAACGAGACCGUGACCUGCUCGCUGUCUCCAAGGCUAACACAAGAAGGUCCCGUUGAUGGGACUAAAUCUAAUAUAAGUGUGGAAAACCGUUCCAUUAAAUGUCCUAAACAUGAGCUAAGUAUAGAAAACAGAUCUGAAUCUCAAUUAAGUGCAGAAAACAGCAAAACAGUAAUGUCCAACUUAAGUAUAGACGAAAGCAAUCGAAGCAGCCUGUCCCUUCAAAAUAUUUCAAACGACACCAAAUCGUAUGACAGCAUCAUCGGAGAACCAAAAACAGUUAGCAGUGUUUCCAUUACCAACAGAUCGAGCGAGAGAAAAAGGCCAAGGUCUUUGAAGCGACCGAAGACUGCAGUGGGUACAAGUAUAGAAAACAGAUCCGAAUCUGGCUUAAGUGCAGAACACAGCAAAAUAUCAAUGUCUCAGUCAAGUAUGGACGAAAGCAACCGAAGCUUUCUGUUCAAGUCGUAUGAAAGCAUCCUUGGAGAACCAAAAACAGGUAGCAAUGUUUCCAUUACCAAGAAGUCGAGCGACGAAGAAACGCCAAGUUCUUCGAAGCAACCCAGGACUCCAGCGGGUACCAAAACGCCGAAUCGGAUCCGCUUCGUCGAAACAGACGUUAUGGACUUUUACAAGGCAUUGUCAAAGUACAUGAAAGACCGCGGGUUCUUUGAUAAAUUUCCAUCACCCACCUUGCUGAGCAAAGCCGUAGAAGAGUAUGAAACCGUGGAGAUCAACUGGCCCCUGGACGAGGAAGGAGUUGUCUGCCCUUGCCCUCCCGAAUCUUUGAAACGCGAAGAGGUGAAUGUCAGAAGAAUGAUAGAGAUGGACAAACGUGCUCUGACUAUCCCCGAUUUAUUCCUGAAGCGGCCGCUGUUUGAGGUGGUGCAGUAUCUGAUUGAACUAGCCGAGAACGAGGUUGAGAUGGCACGUGUGAUGUUCCGAUGGUUAACCACCCAGGAUCUUAACAGGGAGAUUUUCGACGACCCAGCUGUAUUCAAACUGCCAGAAGAUUACGCAUGCGUUCUGCUGCGGAAACUGAAGAUGGGAGACGCUCAUUAUUCAGAUAUCUAUGAGAGCAUGGCAAGUUACGCCAACAUCGAAUGCGUCAAGUUAACGGGUGCGUGUAAAAGAUACUCGAAGACGCCCUGUCAAGAAGUCUGCAGGCUUAAUAUGUGGUCGUGGGUGUCGGUGUAUCUAGAAGGGGACUGGCGACUGGUUGAUUGUCGUAUGGGUGCGAUCUGCUGGCAAGAAACCCAGAAACGCAUAGAAACCAAUGAAACCAAAGAAACUACAGAGACCAAGGAAACCAAGGACGACAAACCAGCCAAUGAAAACAACGCUCUGCAUCCGUCAUCUCUAGCAUAUUUUCUCAACGACUUUUACUUCAUGACGGAUCCGAAAGACUUCAUACUGUCGCAUUUUCCAACGAGAGAGUACUGGCAGCUUCUACCGAGGCCGGUCAAGUACACGGAGUUUAUUAACAUGCCAUUCAUAGAGCCGGCAUACCUUUUCUUUUCAAUUCAGGCACCUGGAAACGAGAGACUGUGCGUUGUAGCGGAACGCGGAGAGGCGUCCUUUGAAUUUGUGUUUCCAGAAGGCGUCCCAGUGGAGUUUUCUUACCGGUUGAGGAAAAUAGAAGAACGGAAGGACAGCGAGGCGUCAGACAACAAACAUUCUAAGGCGGCGUCGGACAAACCGGAAGAUUAUGUGUUCUUAGAUAAUGACCACACAAAAAAUGUUGUAACGGUUUCGAUAAAACCUCCCGAAAAUGGUCAGUAUGUUUUCGAAAUGUUUGGCAAAAAUAACUCUGAUCCGAAGAACACGAGGUUGAGACAUCUGUGUUCGUACCUUGUCCAGAAUUCCUAUGUCGAUCAGACGUUUGAGGGAUUCCCGCAGAAUGAACUCAUGGAAUGGGGGCCUGGAAACGCAGCAGAAGACAUUGGUAUGGUUCCAAUCAACCAUUUUGAAGGAAUAGUAAACACAGUCGAUGGCAAAGCAGAAAUCGCAUUUGGUCUGUCGAAACAUUUAGUAUUUCAUCAAAAACUGACUGAGAGGAGUCCUGGCAGCAACAGCUGUGAUGCCUACGCUCUAAACAGAACCGAGAAUGGAGAAGUCAUAUUCAGCGUUAACCCUCCGAAAGAGGGACACUAUUGUCUGAAAAUAUAUGCAAAGGAGGACAACGACAAGAGUCAGUUUCAAAAUGUGUGCAACUACUUAAUUCGCUGUUCUGACAUCCUAGAGGAACCCACGCCCUACCCAAAGGAGGCCUGUGGUCGAGUCGGCGUGAAGAACGCCUGCGGUCAUCUUGGCUUAACAUUCGUCAGUCCCCAGUCGCCGGUCAUAUACUCCCCAGAAAAUGGGAAGAUCUCCUUGAGGUUUCUGGCGUCCAGACCCGUUGUUCUGUCGCCGGACCUGCGAUACUGCGACGAAAAAGGCAAUACGGAGCAGCUCCCGGACAACGUGUCGCAGAGCAGACGUUUAAAGAACAUGAUAGUCCGCGCCAAGUUUCCGAAGCACGGUCUGUACUACUUGUCGGUGUCUGGGAGAAACGAGGCAUACAAGCACGAGGAUUUCGUCGAGGUUUACAACGCCGUGGUGCACUGUAACUGGCCUCUUCGGGAACUCGUGGCCGAGCCGAAGUAUCUGGACGCCUGGAAGUCGAACUACGUUCUCCACUGUCCGACACAGAGGUACCUGCAGGCUGAGAGCAGUGUAGCCUUCUCCCUGACGGUUCCCGGCGCUACUGGCGUGGUGGUCACCACCGACGACGCCACGCAACAUCUGCAGAAGAAAGGAAACGGCCUGUGGGAGAGUAACAUCGUUACCGGGCGGAGUCGUGGCAACUCCGUUCUCGAAGUCUCCGCAUUUUUAGGCAGCCGGGUCAAGGAGUCAAAGUUGCAUUCGUCACUUCUGGAGUUCAAGGUCGUCUCUCAGCCAAAUUUAGAGGACAUUUCCGAAUCCCAGAAGGUGGACUACGACAAAGCGAUUCAGAGAAUAGAGCGACUCAAGAGCGAAGGGAAAUGGCGCGAUCCUCCCAGGCAACCUGACGUGUUUUACGACAGAGACGACACCGUGCCGAUGAUCACACUGGAAAGCAAUGUACUGCUCCUGUCGGAGGGCGUCGACAGUGAUCGGAGCAUGGACCAAACAUCCGUUCAUUCUGCGUCGACGGACCCCAGUAUAAACAAGGACUACCACUCCCCGAUGUUGGCAAUGACGACGUCAGACGACGACAACUACUGGUCGGACUACGCGUCGCCAAAACACGACGUUCCAUCAGAUGGUGACCAGGAAUUUAGUCAGUGGGCGCAUGUUCAGGAAAAGAAGAGAAGUCAGGAAGAUGACAAAGAACUGAAGGAUGAGAAUUACAAAGUCCAGGUGGCGGUCAUGAGGAGUCGCCUCAAGAGUAACAUCCAGGGUAAGAACAAGUACGGGCUGAAGAUGGCGAUCGCAGAUGCGCGCAAAAAGAACCUGGCUGUGGACUCGCCCGAAUACGGCCAGGCCAUGAGAACGAUCUCCGUGCUCAGUCUUAGAGACGAAAUAAUGUACUACUUGCAUCGGAAGGACAUUGACAGGGUCAAGUACCUGCUGUCUGCCGUCGAAAGACGUGGGUUCGCGGCUGACAUCCCACACGAGGUGGCAAAGGCAAAGGCCAGCCUGCAGAAGAGAACGUCACCACCGAAGGCACGGGGAACACCAAUAAUCGACGUUCCGACAUUAGCCGAGAUAGGCCGAUAUCAUAACCCGCCAUCCAUUGUACACCGAGUGUUUGUGACAGUGCUACUGUUGAUGGGUGUGCACCAAGGCAUCACAAAGAAAUGGAAAAGAUGUCACAAAAUAUGCGUGACGUUAGGCUCGAUGGGAAUGAACAAACGGCUUGCUGACUUGAAGGUCAAGGAUGUAGAGCCUAGUAUUGCCGCCAGGGCGCGCGAAAUCCUUGAAAUCAACGAACCUGAAGAUGCAGACGCAGUUAGUCCUGGUAUUGGUGCUCUCUACGGAUGGGCUAAAGGUAUUGUCGAUGACGUCAUGGACGCAUGCGCAGACGCGGACGCAGUGGAGCCAGCCAGAACGAGACUGCAGAAGAAGAUCCUGAAAAACAGUAAAAUCGUGGAGGAUCUUUCACUGGAGGCAGAUCCCGACGAAUACGUCGAAAAGAACAAGUCGAAUGUUGCGGAGAAACCGCCUAAAACUGAGUGGCGAACAUAACGGGUGGAAGAGGGUGCUUAAUGAUGGUAGAUGUAUUACCGUUACAUAAAGUAUAUCAGUGUCACCUGGUACUAUGUAAAAAAAACGACAACUGGAAUAUCAAGUGGACCUGGAAAUGUAUUUUUUUACUAUUUUAUUCAGUAUUGUUUCUGUAGCCUGACUGGUUUAUCUAGCAACAUCAUAUCAACUUUAAGGGUUAUCCAGUAACCGACUACACGAGAAAGUGGGGGGUAUAUUUUGUGUAUGUUUAUACCAUUCACAGAAAGCGUUUUACUGAAACCAGCCCCAAUUCAGCCAGCUAACGUUCGCGAACUAUUUGAUUGGUUCCGACGUGGUUAUUUGGUUUACCGUGCAGCGCACAAACCAGUUUAGCGGACGUUUUUCUGCUCGGGGUGGUUGAACGCAGUCCAUGUAUGUCUGGGGGAAAAUAUGUGGUAGACCGACCAGACAUAACAUGGUGAUUACCAAGUCCAUGGCAAAAGGUGAAAUCCAUCUCGUGGACACGAAGACGUCACUAAUGAGAUUAGUAGUAAAAUACUAGUGAUUUUUGUACAAACCACCACAAUAAAAUACUUGUGAUUUUUGUACAAACCACCACAAUAAAAGACUUAUGAUUUUUCUAAAACCACCACAAUAAAAUACUUGUGAUUUUUCUACAAUAAAUACUUGUGAUUUUUCUAAAAAUCACCACAAUAAAAUAGUGAUUUUUUUUUUUUACAAACCACCGCAAUAAAAUACUUGUGAUUUUCUACAAACCACAAUAAAAUACU